GUGCGCUUCCAUACAUCACGAAAGCCUACAUUUCUUUUUCGCGCCCCAUUCCUCACACCCACCGUUCUUUUUGUUUUUGAGGUGGAGCCUGAUACCCCGAUUCUUCAGUGGACUGUCGGCAAGACGGGUUGCAUGAUUGAGGCCAAUAGUCAGUCGCAUAGAUCAAUACAUUAUAUGUAUUGGUACGAAAGCUGAUUGCCUAUUGUGGAAAUAAUAAAGUGAGAACUCAUUCUAUUAUUAAAUCCUUGGAAAUCGGGCACAUUGAGGACGUGGAAUGAUGAAUUAUAUCAUAUUGGCGACCGUUUUUUCCAUGGUUUUCGCUGAAAAGUCACCUCGGCUGAAAUUCAUUGUAAAAGAGCCAGCCAGGUAUCACUUCUCCAAACCGGAGAACUACAUGUCAGUGUACCACCAGGAGGGCACCAACGUGCUGUACGUGGGGGGCCAGACAGUGAUCUACGUGCUGACGUUCACUGACAGGGGGGUCCGCGACCUGCAGAUCCCUGUGGUAACUGAUGAAAGCGCAAAGGCAGCUUGCAUCGCCAAAUCAGACCCACCAAAGUUGGAGUGCGACAAUUUCAUCACAGUCAUCCAGAAAGUCAAUGACACUUUUGUGGUAUGCGGGACAAAUGCAGGAACCCCCAAAUGCUGGCUGCUGGUAAAUGACACUGUGUUGACUGACGCCCCCACCAAUGGACAGAUGGCACCAGCCUCUGACAUCUCCCCUCCCUACCCCUCCCAGAGGUCCGUCAGUUUGUCUGCAGAUGGGAAUCUAUACUCUGCUCUGUCAGCAGUGGGGCGUCACCCUGGCUCUAUCCGCCGGACCUACGGGACUCAGAAGCUUCUGAAGACUGAGACCAAGUGGCUGCAGAGCCCCCAGUUUGGUGGAGCAGCAGUAAUACCAGCCUCUCAAAAACACAAGGAGGAGAUCUACUUCUUCUUCAGUGAGAUCAAUAAGACGGCCAUGGUGGAUGAGGAGCCCUACAGGUCGCGCAUUGGCCGAAUCUGCAUGGUGGACGAGGGGGGCAUAAAGAACCUGCUGGCGGACUCGUGGACUACCUUCCUGAAGGCCAGGGUGAUAUGUGGUGCGGGUAGCUCCCCCCAGCAGUACAACAACAUCAGACAGGCCUUUGUGCUGUCUGAAGUGGCCCAGGAGAAGAGGACCGGGGUCAUGUACGGCCUGUUUGCCAACGCCUGGGACACAACAGUGAUAUGUGCUUACUCCAUCGAGGACAUUGACCAGGCCUUCGCCACGUCCAAACUGAAGGGCUACAGCAGUCCUCUGAUUGGACAUCGCCCUGGCACAUGUGCCUUCAAGAACUCCACGGCAGCCCACAACCCUAAGAUCCUGGGGGUGAUCAGGGACCACCCGGAGAUCGAGGACGUGAUUCGUCCGGUCGGGGGUGCUCCGCUGAACCUGCCCACCGACGAUCACUUCACACACACUGUCGCUGCCAUGGUGCUGGCAGUCAACGACGAGCACUAUACUGUGCUGUACCUGGGAACAGGUGUGUGGAAAGUGCUCAAGGUUCUGCACACUAUCGAGGAUGCCUUUAUCAUAUCCCAGUACUCCCUCUUCCACAAUGAGGGUCCUGUUCUAAGCAUGGCCAUCGACUCUAGGAAGGGCCACCUUUAUGUGGGCACGGCAAUGGAGGUCCAGCGCAUACCAUUGGCUGACUGCGGUCGCUAUGGAGACAGUUGCCGGGAGUGCAUUCUGUCUCGGGAUCCCUAUUGUGGUUGGGACGCAGCCAGGAGGAGGUGCACACCCAUCCCAGCUGGAUACAACAUCAGCACUGGGGCACUCACUCAGAGUCUGGACCACUCCAAUGCCUCUAUCUGUGGUGAAGCUGCUGCACUGAAGACCCAUAGGACAAACCCCAAACAGGUGGUGAUUGACUCGGACGGCCCCGUCAACCUCCCCUGCCCCGUGCACUCCUUUCACGCCACCUACCGCUGGGAGAAGGACAACUGUAUCCAGCACUACCCCUGCUUCAUCAUUGGAGACUCCUGUGUGCUGGAACCCACCCCUGGCCUGCCCCUUAAGCAGGGGGUGUUCCGCUGCAUGGCCACGGAGAACGGCUACAAGGUGGAGGUGGUCUCCUACAGGCUGGUGAUCAACAGUGGGCCUCUGCCUGCCUCCCUGGCCUCCACCCUGGGGCCCUCCCUCCUUCUUGCUGCAGCCACCCUCUGGCUCCUGUAACCAUUGCAAAUGCUAAAACUAACCCCUUAGCCUCUAAGGCCCUCUCUCUGACAGACAGGAGAGGAGGGGCCACCAUACCCAGGUUAGGUUCGCAGAGCAUUGAUAUUAAUGGUUGGGUAAUGCGAUCAGUGUUGCCCGCAGAGACUGUUUUCAGAAAAAGUGUUUUUAAAUUUAUUUUCCGUUGUUCAGAAAAUGCCUGAAAAUAAACCAAGCCAUUUAUUUUUAAAUAAUAUAUGGGCCUACCAUACUAACUAAUACUGUACUGUUGAAACAAAAAAAUAUCUAAAACAAACUCAAAAUACAUAACAUUUAAACUUAAUUAAUACAUUAACAUCAAUAUGGGUUUUAUGGAAAGACAAACUAUAUUACCAUGUCUUAUUCUUAAUUUUAAAUACAGAUUCAAACCACAAGAUAUGCUUUGCGAACCUUGCCUGUCCACCCAAGAGAUGACAUCUCAUGAGUUGUGUUAAAUACAAUAUCAAGCCAAUUUCUCUUUAUGGUUUCUCAACUUAUUUUGAAACUUGAUUGUGCUACUUCGUGAAUAUUUGAAGCUUGAAUACUGCUCUAACAUCUAAACAUCCUGUUGAAUGUCAUAAGUAUAGGCUAGUAUUUAGAAAAUGUCUGGUAUUGAGUUUUUAAAAAAGCCUUAACAAUUCUGGGACAUACCCCCUAAGCACAAUUUGCUGUGAAAGCAUAACUGCUCAAUUGUGUUGACUUGAAUCUGUGAAUGAGGUGGCCAAGUCUUACUUUGAUGCUGGGAGGAAGUGUCAUCAUUUUGACAAGAAGUCAUCUUUUUGACAGGAAGUAGGUAGAAGAGUGUGAGCUCGUCCUCGAACAUCACUGUGUCUCGGCAAGUCCUCUGCAGUAAAAGGCAGUUUUUGCAUAAUUUUAAUGGACAGUAUCAGACAUUCAUAUUAUGCUACUUCAUUUUCAAUAAACGUAAGUUCAGUAAACAUCAUUCAGUGGCAGGUGAGGCCAAAUUAGAAUUGAGUAGAUGACAUGUAGAGUUAGUUGCAUUUUGUAGUUUGCUAAAUAUGAGAAAAAGCUUGUGAUUAUAUGAGUACCGUGUGUUAAGUAUUUUAUUGCUCCGCAAAUGCUGAUUUCCACCAUUGCUGCCUAUGAAAGUUAUUCUUGACGGUUCAAGGUUUUAUACUGUACGGAAGUCAUGAGAGGACAUAUGAAUAAAAUAAAAUAAACACUUGUUAUGUCGAGAUAACAACUUAUUUAUCUCAUGAUCACGACAUAACAAACAUUUUGCCGAGGUCACAAGAUUAACUCUACAAAUAGGAGUAGACGCAUUGAUGAUAGAUUGACAGCAUGGCUGAGGCGGUAGAGCCCACAGUGGAUCAGCGCAUAUGUUUUGAUCGAUUGCUACACUAAGGGAUGGUACAUUUCAUGCUAACAUAUCAGUCAUUAUUAGUUUAUAAAUUAGAAUUUUAGCCAGCUAAAUGUCCUUUACCUUGAACAAAGAGCUCUUGGGGCAUCUAAGCCGUCAUGGGGCGUUUGAGUCUUGAACGAUGCCUGACAGGCUGGCCUGUCUCUGAGGCUGUAUGCCACCCCCACGACCACGAGCUAGCUAGCUCGUUAUAAAUGCUGGUUGUUAGCUUGCAUAACUGAUAUGUGUAUAAUUGUAAGGGGCACUUCAUGUUUUAUGGAUAAUAUUACAAUUUACAGAGUGGGUGAGCACAAUUCCUGACAGGCUAAUAAGAUGACAUUUUAUCCUCAGACAUUGAUCAGAUUCAAUUGCAGCCUCAGAGGCUGAUAAAUAAGGAUUCCACCUUGUAGGUUGUUUCAUAGGUAAAUGCUCCUUGCAUGCAGAUUAGCAGUCAGUGCAUUAUGUAUAUGAAUGAUCAAGACUGGGUGCGCUCUAUUCCUGGCAGGCUGAUUCGAUUCAGUAGCAGCCUCAGAGGCUGAUAAAUCAGGAUUCUGACUAGUAGGCUGGCUGCAAGGAGCCUUACAUAUGAAACAGCCUACAAGGCAGCACCCUGAUUUAUGAGCCUCUACGGCUUCUAUUGAAUCUGAUCAGUUUGCCAGAAAUAGAGCUCACUCACUUUGGAUUAUAGGCAUCAGCCUAUACAGCGCUGACAGCUAAUCUGCCUGCAAAGAGAUUUACCUAUGAAAUAACCUACAGGGCAGUAUCCUGAUUUAUCAGCCUCUGAGGCUGAAAUUUAAUCUGAUCAGCCUGUCAGAAAUGCAGCUCGCCCACUGCAAAUGUAAAUAUUAUUCACAAUAAAUGAAGUGUCCCUUAUAAUUUAUACACACAUCAGUUAUGCAAGCUAACCAACAGCAUAGAUAACAAGCUAGCUUGCUAGCUAGAACGCUCACAAGGAGAGCCAAGUUAGCUGUGUUGUUUCUUGCAUAUGAUUUAAUAUGGUAUUGGGGGUGGCAGACACCCUGGAAGACGGUGUCGCCUGUCAGGCAUCGUUCCGUGCUUAAAUGCCCCACUUUGCGAUCAACACAGCCACAGGGCUCCAUGAUGAAGUGGUUAUCGGGCAUCUGAAGAAAUGAAUGGGUGAUAAGUUGUAUUUUUGAUUGUCUUGUGAUCUCGACAAAACAACUUUUGUUAUGAGAUAAAUAUGUCUUGAUCUCGACAUAACGAGAUAACUAUUUUUUAAAUUCAUAUGUCCUCUCUGGAUUUCCGUAAUACUGUGGAUGUACAAUGAUGUUACUCAUUGACUGCUUUAACUAACCUAUUCUCAAUGGGAAAAUCCAGUGCACAAUACUCAAAGGGGUUAUUUUCAUACUUGUAUCUGUAUGCUGUAACAAAAGGCUUGACAUCAUUUGAUAGGAUCAUUUUGUGAAGUAGAACACAUUGAGCAGCCACCAUACUCUGGGGAGAAAGACUGAAAUUGAUUGACAUUUCUGGAAGAUAUGGAACAAAAUUCCUCUUUAAGCAAUAGAUGUUUUUUAUUUUAGCACCUGACCUCACGUAAUAAUAGUGUAUGCUUUAUUGGAGGCAGAGAAUGUUUGCUGGGAGGGAGUGGUUUACUCAAAGCAAAUGUUGAAUGUAACAUAUUAAUAUGAACAUAGUUGCAACAAAAUGCAGGUCUAUUGUCCCCAUGUAUUGAUUGUUUUAUCUCAGUGCUGAAGCACCACCUUAUAACCACUACUGUGUUUUGUUACUGUGCCACUGAGCUUUGUGGCGAAUUUUGAAAUGACAACAAAAAAAAUGUCGCCUGAAAAUAUUGGUCGAAAACAAUUGACAUAAUGCUGUUCUUAGAACAGUUUUAGCCAUAGUUCUGCAGGUCCCAUCUUUCUCUCUGGGGGGUGGCUGUAAGUUUGUUGUCUCGAGGUCUCGGAAGGAUCUGCUUGCUGCAUUGCACUGAUGCGGGUUGUUGACUGUGCCAAACAUAAGCUGUGUUGAGCCGCCUCAUCCGCCGCCUGCCGCUUCUCACUCACUUAGCACUUUGAGUAAUUGGUUUCCCAAAUCUCUUUCUCAAACUCACACACAUUCUUAUAUAUGUCACAAAUACACACAGGCAUGUAGGUGCGCGCACACACACACACACACACACACACACACACACACACCCCCUUGUUUACCAAUCACCCACUUCAAUCUCAUUCUCUUUACUCCAGUAUUUACUGUUGCUUAUCUGUUUCAUUGUAUUUUGAGCAUGAAGCUGGUGUGUCUCUGAAAACAGUGAACAGAAGCCACUCACUCAUACGCUAGCCAACACUAAUUAGGCAACUGAACCUGUAUCGCUCACUGCAGAGACAUACAAGCUCUUUUACCAAGACAGAUGGCCUAGUGUCAGUGGGUAUUGUUAAAAACGGUCAAUGAAUCGUGGCUGUGCAGAGUUGAUUGUAUUUGGCCUUUCAUGGAUUUCCAAGGGGCAGCAGUAAUAUGGGAGUUUGUUUUCUCUGGAGCACUUUAUUUAAUGACCACCUUCCUAGCCGGGAGUCCCUGCUUUGACGUGGACAUAAACAGUGGAUAUAUCGCAUGCGAGUGAUUAUCAUUAUCCUCGAAAGAUUUAAACUGGUUUGCUGUGUUCAAUUACCCGUUAGAUAAAUAAUUGCAGCAGAGAAAUAGAGUGAAGUGAAUUGUAUUGUCUUUAAAUUCUUUAUCUGGUGCUUUGGACGGUGUUGAUUGCAUUCUGUGUCUUAGUACAUUUGUAUUGGGAAUCAGCUUACCAAACUCGAUUGAAGAGGAGAUUGUAUUGGUAUCAUGCUCGUUAAUGCCUCACCAUAACCAUUUGUUUUAGGGACAGAGAUCUGUCUAUAUGAAGUGUUAAUACAUGUCCAUGUAACACAUCUGUAUCUCCAGAUGUUUCCCUUUACUGAACAUGUACAGUGAAAAUCAAUAAAGUAAUCAACUACA